GCUGUCCUCUGCGGGAACCCGGAAGUGCGAGCCUGGAGAUGGCGGGGGAUAGGAAAGUGGAGCUCAGCGAGGCCCUGGCGCUGGGGCAAGGCUGGCGCCACGCCUGCCACGCGCUACUCUACGCACCCGACCCCCGCAAGCUGUUCGGCCGCUUCCCGUUGCGCUUCGCCGUGCUGAUGCAGAUGCGCUUCGACGGGCGCCUAGGCUUCCCCGGCGGCUUCGUGGACGCGCAGGACAGCAGCCUGGAGGACGGACUGAACCGUGAACUGCGCGAGGAGCUUGGCGACGCGGUGACCGCCUUCCGAGUGGAGCGCUCCGACUACCGGAGCUCACACCUCAUGGCCGGACAGCGCGUGGUGGCCCAUUUCUAUGCCAAGCGCCUGACGCCGGAGCAGCUGCAGGCGGUGGAAGCCAGGGCACCUCAAGCCAAGGACCACGGGCUGGAGGUACUGGGCCUGGUGCGGGUGCCUCUGUACAUCCUUCGUGAUGGUGUGGGAGGCCUGCCCACCUUCCUGGAGAAUUCCUUCAUUGGUGCUGCCCGGGAGCAGCUACUAGAAGCCCUUCAGGACUUGGAACUUGUGAAUCCUGGCAUUAUUGCAAACCUCAAGAACCCAGCUUCUAAGUAGAACCUGCCCACCAUGGACCCAUGGAAGCCAAGAUGAAGGCUUCGGUUAUAAGGGAAGGAGGGAGGGAGGGAAAGGCAAAUGCAUUCUCUUUGGGGGCUGAGGGGUGAAAGUUGAUACAAGAUUAAAGGCAGAGGUGUGUUUACAACAGAGGACCUUGUCUGAUGGCAUUAGGGAUCAAAGACCUUGGUUGUAUCUGAGUCCCUCUUUAUACAUGGAUAACAGCCUGGAAACUCCAGGUAUGCACAUGCGCAAUCUGUGAUCACACAGCUGGCACAUUCUCGUCUGUCCAGUUUAACUGUGAUGUGGCAUCAGGCACAUCCAACUCCUUCCUAGUAAAUAAUGGUAGGGUUUGGGUUCUUUCCCACCUGCUGCAAGGGCUGCAGUCUAGGAUCCAGCCCACCCCAUUCUUGUUAGGGAAGCAGAGGAGGGGGUUUCUCCCUGAGAAUGGCCAUGGGGUUGAGGGGAGGGUACCUGAGGCCUGAGCAAAGCUGUGGCUUUCAGAAAGUUGGAUAAGGCCCUAACCAGCCCUGUGCUCUUCUUCCCCAGCUGCUGAAGGUUGGCACACGUCAAGGGAUUCUUGGGCUGAACUUAGACCUGAGACUCCAGUCCUGAUGCCUCUCUUCCAGUAUGUUCAUCUUUCAGCCCCCUUUGUUUCUGUCUAGCCUGCCCUGCCAAAAACAGUCAUCCAAAAAGGCAGGCUGGGGCUCCGAUCCCGCCAGUUCUUUCAACAGAAAUGGGUUAAUUAACCCCUGCUUGGUGACUGGUAUGGCAACUGAAAUAGAGGCCCAUUACUCUUGUCCUCCAGACUUCUGAGUGAGGAGUAGGCACACUGCAUCAUAAAUCAAUAGCACUACAUGGUAAAUACUAUAAGCCUUGUCUGGCACGUGGUGCUCAGGAACCCUUUAACUCUGUCAUGUCAAACUUACCUGCAUGAUACAUGGUUUGUGUUGUUAUGUCCCAAUAAAGCACUAAUGAAAAAAGCA